CAGAUCCCGCACUCCUCGCUCGCGUUCUCCCUCCACCGCCCCCAACUCCUCGCCGUCCCACCGCCCCGAACCACCCACACCCACCACUCACCUCCAUCCCCCACCUCUGCACUCCCGCAAUUCGCGUCGCCGACAACCCGCCCCGCUCGGCGGCGGAGACAAAGAGCGCGCCGAGCGCGCGGCGGCGGGCGUAGCCAUGCUCCACAAGUUCGCGCUCGCGUUCAAGACCAAGACCAUCGAGUUCUUCGCCGAGGAGGACGAAGACGAGGACGCCGACCGGUUAGCGCGCUCUCCGGCGCCGGGGGCGGAUGGGGUCCUUGCCUGGCAGCGGGUGGUCGUGCUGAAGCCCGACCCGCCGAACCCUAACCCUAGCGCGGAUGGGGAGGGGAAGGCGGCGUCCGGGCAGGAGGCCGCCGUCGCCGCGGCGCUUGCGACGGCCUCGUCGUUCCAGGCGGCGUACCUGCACCUGCAGGCCGCCCACGCGCCGUUCCUGCCGGAUGCGGCGGCGGCCGCGGACGCCGCCGCUGUGUCGCACCUCCGGAGGCUGUCGGAGCUCAAGCGGAUCGCGAGGAGCGGGCCGGUGGGCCCGCCCGUGACGGACGGUGGCGGGGCCCUCACGGCGCACCUCGAGGCCCAGGUGCGCGAGAACCAGGCACUGCUGCGGUCGUUCGACGCCGUGGUGAACCGCCUACAGGCCGCGCUCGACGCCAAGGACGCCGCGGCCGCCGCGCUGCGGCUGGACCUCGAGGCGCUCGACGACGCCAACGCGCGGCUCGCGGGCCGCCUCGACCGCGCGCUCGCGCCUCCGCCGGGCGGGGACGCCGUCGGCGCGAUGCUGUCCGCGGGCGUCUUCGACUCCGUCCUACGCGAGGCGCUCCGCGUCGCGCACCGGUUCGCCCGCGCGCUUGCCGAGGUCCUGCGGUGCGCUGGGUGGGACCUGGCCGCGGCCGCAGAGGCCGCUUACCCUGGCGUCGCCUACUCCAAGUCCGGCCACUGCCGCUACGCGCUCCUCUCCCGCGUCUGCCUCUCCAUGUUCGACGGCUUCGACUCCUACCAGUUCGGCGCCACAGCCGACACCACGGAGCUUGGAGGAACCCAGCUGGCAGCCCGCAGGAACGAGUCACUGCAGCAAUUCAUCGAGCACUCAGAUGCAGAUCCCAUGGAGCUGAUGAAUUCUAGCCCGGACUGUGACUUUGCCCGAUUCUGCGACCGCAAGUACAGACAGCUGAUCCAUCCAGGCAUCGAGUCCUCACUGUUCGGGAACUCAGAGUGCGGGACACUGCCGGUGGUGAGCGUGGCCGGCCCACUCUACGAGCUGUUCGUCGCAAUGGCAAGCUCGAUCUGGACACUCCACAGGUUAGCCUGGGCAUACGACCCCGCAGUCGGCAUAUUCCAGGUCGGCCGGGGCGCAGAGUUCUCGACGGUGUACAUGGAGAACAUUGUCCGGUCGAAGAAGUGUUUUGCGGGGAGCAAGGAGCCCGGGAAGCCGGUGCGGCCGAAGGUCGGGUUCACGGUGGUGCCGGGCUUCCGGCUCGGAGGGACAGUGAUCCAGUGUACGGUGUAUCUGGAUCACGGGAAGAGGGAAGAAGACAUUACAGAUUCGGUUUGAGCUGGAGUGGAAACUAUACAGGCAAAGAAAGGAAACUGUACAUUCCCAAAGAAAAAGGAGGUUAUGUAAAGGCGAUCAAGAACAGUGCGUGGAAAUAACCUGCAGGAUCGAAGUCGCUGCUCGAUGAUGAGUAUAAAGAAAGCUAUUUAUCUUUUGAUUUAGUUUUGUUUUUUUUGUGGGCUGUACAAAGGUCAACGGGUGAAGAGAGCUUUGUGUUCUAACAGAGUCGAAGGGUUAUUACCAUCUGAUCUUGGGUAACUUAAUUAUUUGUGUGUAGGUCGAUUCCAUCUGUAAAUGUAUAUUUAUGAGGGAGUA